CAGUUACUCGAGCUCCAAGUAGAAGCAAGGAGCAGAACCAACCUUGCAAAAAAAAAAGCAAAAUGCGAGCUGAGCCUAUAUUAACCAGUGACACAAAAGCAGAAGUUGCUGCUAAUGACUUCCUACGGCUAGGGAAGGGAAUGAUGGAAGACUUGCGACGCAGGUUGCCAUUGUACCUAUCAGAUUAUACUGACGGUAUCAUUGGUAAGAAUAAAUCCAUUAGGAAGUACAUCACCACCAUCCUGUUUCUGUACUGCAUCUGCUUACUGCCAACGAUAGCAUUUGGUUCUUUGAAUGAUGAGAAUACUAGAGGGUCAAUUGAUGUACAGAAAACCAUCCUUGCCCAGUGCAUUGGUGGAGUGGCGUAUGCUGUCUUUGCUGGUCAACCAAUGGGUAUAGUUUUAACAACUGCACCCCUCGCCUUGUAUAUCCAUGUAAUCCAGGGUAUCUGCGAUGACUACAAUCUGAAUUUCUUUGCAUUCUACGCCUGUGUUGGCUUGUGGAAUUGUUUCUUCUGUAUCCUCUAUGGUGUUGCUAAUUUAAGUUUAUUGAAGAAGUUUUUCAAAAGAUCGACUGAUGAGAUCCUGGCAGUUUUCAUAUCUAUUGCUUUUGUGGUGGAUGCGUGUAAAGGACUGGCCAAAAUUUUUCAGAGUUAUUACUUCUGUACUGAAAGGCAUUCAAACCAUUUUGGAUGGAGCCAGGAUCUCAGCUCUCCGUCUAACACCACUCCUGCGAUCAAUAGCACAUAUCCUGACGGCGAGGCGUGUGGCCGAGACACGGCUGUGCUCAGUCUGCUAUUGAUGCUCGGUACUCUCUGGCUGGGAUACACCUUGUUUCAGUUCAAGAAAAG